GAUGCAGGAUAGCUACGUUGUCAUGACCCGAUCGUACCGAGCAUGCCACACGUCCUAGCACAGGUUCUAUGUUGCUCUGAGACAUGAUACCUUACUGUUCACUGAUCCAUUUAGUUACCUUGUUCUGUACUCUCUAGGGGUGUACGGUAAUUAGGGUGGGGCGAGUGUAUGCUGUGCUUAUGCUUGUAGCUGUGUGGUGUAUCGGUGACUAUUCUAUAUCCCUCUCUCUCUCUUCAUGUGCAACGGAGGAGUACCACCAUACAAUGGACCAACCAACCACUCCAUCAUCCUGCCACUUGAACAGGAGGAGACCUCCAUUGAGUGCUACCUAUUCCAGUGGGUGUCAAUGUGUGGACUCGUGGGAUGUUUGUGCAAGUGCAGUCGACUCCAAACCCUAACAGUAUGAAGUUUGUUCCUGGUGUGUCUGUGUUAGGUGGUGGUAAUACUAGGGACAUCCCCACACCAGCCACUGCUAACAGCUCUCCGCUUGCCCAACAAUUAUUCAGGAUCCAUGGGGUUAAAGCUAUCUUCCUGGGCAGUGACUUUGUCACUAUCACCAAGGUUAAUGAUGGAGUUGAGUGGCAAGUCCUUAAGCCUGAAGUGUUUGCUACCAUUAUGGACUUCUUUGCAUCUGGUGUGCCCGUUGUGAGUGAAGAAGAUGAGAACCAACUUGAACAACUAGACGGAGAGGAGGACAAUGAGACGGUGGCCAUGAUCAAAGAGUUGCUCAACACCAGGAUUAGACCCACAGUACAGGAAGAUGGGGGAGAUAUUGUAUACAAGGGAUUCCAAGAUGGUGUUGUCAAACUUAAAUUACAGGGUGCAUGUACCAGCUGCCCUAGCUCUGUAGUUACACUCAAGAUGGGUGUACAGAACAUGCUUCAGUUCUAUGUACCAGAAGUGAGGGAAGUGGAACAGGUAUUGGACGAAGAAGACAAUCUAAGUGAAGCAGUCUUUGAACAAAUGGAACACAAACUGGAUACCACUAAACAUAUAAUGUACUUGCUGUUAUUUUUAUGCACAUGACUGUGUGCGUGCAUGUGUACUGUGCAGGCCUCCCAGAUUGCCCACCUUAUUCGUGACUAUAAAAAGCAGAGAAAAAUUGAA